AUGAACGCACCCCCGCCAGACUUUACAGAUGCUGAAGUCCAGAAGGAAUUCAUCGGCCUUCUGGAGCCGGACUUUCAUGGCUUACUGCAGAGGAAGGAGGUCUCUGCAGUGACUCAGGCUAGAUUGGCAUACGCCAACUGUAAGAGCCUGAGCCGGUUCAACUCAGUUGCGGAUAGCAGGGUGCAGCUGAGGACCUUUGCGCAACAGACAGUGCAGCUGGAUCCGGCUGCCGACGUGAUGGAGGUGGCGGCAUUGGUUGACGCUUGGGAGGCAGCCAAGGUCAGAAUGGAAGUGAGGCAUAAGGCUGAGGCAGAGGCGUCCAGCUCCUCUCUGCCUAUCUCACUUCCAAAGGUGGAGGUUCAAGACUUGGUCAAGAAGUUUGAAGCAGCCUUUUACAAGUUGGAUGACAAGUUGACUCCAGCGGCAUCAACACUGGAGUUGCUGUUUGACCAAGUGGAGAACGGUGAGCUGAAGACCAUGUAUCUCCAGCAGUUCUUGUCCAGGGAGGACGCAGAGGUGGAACCUGUGGGAUGCAUGCUGGACAAGUCAGGUGUACUCAAGAUCAAGAAGGGCUACGGAGAGACCAAGGAGCCCACCUCUCCGGAGGAACUGCGCCACCGUCUUAGGGUGGUGGCACACGCCUUCUUGAUGUGUGGGCUGAAGUAUCCACAGCGGACCAUCUUUGCCGACUUGGUGCCGCAGGACUUCCUCAACUACGUGGACUACCUGCUCAGCGACCAGGUUAUGGGUCUCAAAGCAGAGGAUGAGGACGGCAACCAGAUAAGCUCACCGAGCCUGAAGCUGGUGCUGUCCUACGAGCAUCAGGUGCGCAAGGAGAUGGUCAAGAAGAUCAAUGAUGGGACCAAAGUCCACGACGCCCUGCUGGCAGCCAGAAAGGACGUCAACAUCAAGGAGCGCUACUUCCUGACCCCUGCAGCCAUGAACGCGCUGACGGCUCACAAGAAGGAUCGUUCUCGAUCUCCUAGGGCAGACAGGCGUUCCGGCGACAAGGGCUGGAAUCCCAGCCGCAACAAGGGGAAAGGAAAAGGAAAGAGUCGAGAGACAUCUUUCGCAGGGAUGGUGCAGAAGAUCGCGCAGAAGCAUGGGUUGCGGGUCCAGGUCACGGAGAUGGAUGAAUCUCUGGCUCAAGCAGUGGUGCUGGCUCUGAAAUCUAUGCUGUCUUCUCCUUCGGAAGGGGGCCGGCAAGAAAGCAUAGAUGGUAGCAAGAGGGGACCUGAAGCGAAAAUGGCUUCAGGGCGGGACCCAGGGGUGGUGGAAAACCCUGGGAAGAAAGCCAAAACGGCGGGUAAGGACUCAGGGGUAUCAGAAGCCUCUGAGGAUAGGGUUUCACUUGAUGGCUCAAGGGCAAUAAAGGCCCCUGAGGAUGCAGUUUCACAUAAGGCUGGGAGCUCGGGGGUUUUGGUAACCCUCGAGGAAUCGGUUUCACGAGAGGUUUCAAGCUCAGGUGCAGGUCGGGCACCUGAGGUAUCGGAGAAGGUUCUUCCCAAGGACGGAGGGCCGGGGAAGGAGUCAACCGGGGAGCUAGGGACGGUUGACAUGGAUUGGAUGGGGAGACGUCCUUUGCUCGCCUAUUACAAGGGGAAGCACAGGAUGGUGCAUGAUGGAGGGGGAUUGUGCUCCCCCGGGAGGUGGCCAGUGAAGUGUCGGAAGGCACCAGCAGGCGAAACAGCACUGGCGAUAAGCUCGGUAUUUCGGAGGGAAUUCUUGAAAUGGCUGCUGACUACAGGGGACGGUGGCAAAGGCGUCUUCUGGAAGCUUGCAGGGGGUCGAGCGGUGGAAUCUCCUUUCAAGAGUCAUUUGGGGGGAGCGAGAGCGGCCAUUGAUAGGGAGUUGAUGAAGCACGGGGAGGACCCAGCGCGUAGAGGUGGGGAUAGGACCUCUGAGAUCAACUUCAGGAGGCUCAGAAGCAUCGGCAGGGCACUAGGUGAUGAGGAUUGCGAGUUCCUGGAGGAAAUCGCGGCAGACGGUGUCUCGCUGGGGGUCGACGAGGAGAUGCCUCGAGUGCCCGGCGUUUUCGAGGAGAAGCUCAAAUGGGCGCGAGAGUUUACAGAGGAAGACCUGAGACAGGUCUGGGCGGAAAAUUACUCCUCAGCAGAGGAGUGCAAAGAAGAUAUUUGGAGGCAGGUGGAUGAGGAGGUCGCCUCCGGGACAAUAAUGAGGUUGUCAGAAGAGGAGGCGAAAGAAAAGUUUGGGGAGCGGCUGGCGGUGGCCGCGCUUGGAGCUGUGCCCAAGGAGCUCAACUCGGACAGGGUUAGGCUGAUACAUGACGGCUCAUACUCCGUCGAUGUGAACCGGAGGAUCAAAGUGCGUGACCGGAUGCGGUUUCCGCUGAUCGACGACGCGUCGGCCGUGCUGCUGGAAGCUGAAGAAGUUGCGGGAAAAGGAAUGGGGGGCCCCAGGGCGACGUUGGUAUACGACGUUAAAGGGGCCCACAAGUUGAUACCAGUCAAGGAGAAAGACUGGGGAUUGCAAGCCUUCAGGCUGCCUGGAGAGAGAAGAAAAGACGGGGUCUAUGUGCACACCAGAGGUACGUUUGGGAUCGCCUCGGCAGCCUACCACUGGCAAAGGGUGGCCGCGGUAGCAGUGAGGUCCGCUCACCGGCUCUGCGGAAGAGAUCUGGGGCUUUUGCACCUCCUCUUCGCGGACGAUGGGUGGAUGGUUAGCGUGGGGAAAUAUUAUUGGAAGCCCAUGCUCUUCUGGUUGUUCGUGCUGGAGAUGAUGGAGAUACCUUUGAGCUGGGCAAAGGUAAAUGGUGGCACGAAGGUGCAAUGGAUCGGUUAUGAUUUGGACGCGGACCGAUUCGAAAAGGGUAUCUCCCCGAGGAAGGUGAAAUGGGUGGCGGAUUGGAUCACCACCCAUCUGGAGUCGGGGGGAGUGAUGGGGAGAAAUCUGAGAUCAGCGCUAGGCAGGCUGGUCUUUGUGGCGGGUGCGCUGCAUCACGUCAGGCCAUUCCUUGGGCCGAUAUUCGCGUGGUCAGCCGUGCUCAGGGGCGGUGUGUACGCGAAGAUGCCUGAGGCGGUUAGUCUCCUCCUCACCUAUGUCAAGAAGCAGAUAGAAGGAGAUCCCAUGGUCAAGGUGAGAGCAGUGGAAAGACAGGCCAUAGAGGCUUUCCGAAUCGACGCCAAGGCUGAGGGAGAAAAGGUGGUCAUCGGUGGCUGGGAGUCGCUUGGAAGCUCCGACACCUCCGAGGCGAGGUGGUUUUCCAUAGAGUUGGACAGAAGGUCGGCACCUUGGGCCUUCGUGAAGGGCGAGCCGUUUAGAGCUAUUGCUGCACUGGAGCUCACCGCGGUGUUGGUGGCCGUCAAGCUGUUUUGCGUAGGCGGGUUAUGGAAGGGCAGGCGUGCGAUCCUGAAACUGACCGCCUUCACGGACAAUGUUUCCAACACCUACGUCCUGAAGAAGUUCCUGACCUCCAAAUUCCCUUUGUCAGUAAUUCUUCUGGAAUUAGCAACCCAGCUGAAGUCAGCUGGGCUGGAAUUGGAUCUGGGAUGGGUGCCCAGGGAUCAAAACACCCCGGCGGACAGCCUGACGAAUGGUAUCUUCGACGGUUUCUCAGGGUCGAAGAGGAUCCAGGUCGACUUCAAGGACCUCAAGUGGCUAGUGUUGGACGAGCCCAUGGCCAAAGCCGGAGAACUGGACUCCGAGGUCAAGCUCGCCAAAACCUCGAAAGAGGUAAAAGACUUUAGCGGAAAAGACACUAAAGUCAAAAGAGGUGAGACAAAGUGGAAAGACCCGUGGUAA